AUUUCAUGUGCUAGCUAAGGUUGUCUCACUUUCCUCUUAUGAGUCAUGAGUUUCUUGUCUUCAUCUUUCUCUUAAUAAAGUUACUUGUCUCUUCAAUUUUCAGUUGAAAUCUUGAACCCUUCUUAUAACUCAAACCAUAACUUGACUUCCUGAUUUGAGAGAUCAAGCAAAGCUAUCACGGUGCGUUCCCUCCGUCAAUGGACAAAGCUUCUCCUGCAGUAGCUGCUGUACCAUUCAGACCGUUCCCUGAUCCUAAGCUGGAAUUCGCCGGAAUCAGAAGCUAUUGCAGCACUUCGCUGCCGGAAAGUACGUGCUCCGGCGAGGAAUCAAUGAAAGAUUCGUCCUUUAUUAAGAUCAACAACAUGAGGCAGGGUUCUACUACUUCAUCAUCAUCUCGUUUAGCUGACGUUACCGUGGAUAUCUCCGCCGGAGAAGAAAUCAACGGCUCGGAUGAGUUUGAUCCGAGAUCGACGGCUCAGAGCGAGAAGAGAGUGCUCAGCAGAACAGAGAGUAGAAGCUUGUUCGAGUUCAAGAGCGUGCCUUUGUACGGAGUGACUUCGAUCUGCGGAAGACGAUCGGAGAUGGAAGAUUCCGUCUCGGCGAUUCCUAGAUUCCUUCAAGUUUCGCUGCUCGAUUGUGGUCGGGUCGCUAACGGGCUUAAUCCUCACUCGAGUGCUCACUUCUUCGGUGUUUACGACGGACACGGCGGUUCUCAGGUGGCGGAUUAUUGCCGUGAGAGGAUGCAUUUGGCGUUGACGGAGGAGAUAUUGAAGGAGAAGCCGGAGUUUUGCGACGGUGACACGUGGCAAGAGAAGUGGAAGAGAGCUUUGUUCAGCUCUUUUAUGAGAGUUGACUUGGAGCUUGACUUUGUCCCCGAAACUGUGGGGUCCACUUCUGUGGUCGCCGUUGUCUUUCCGACGCAUAUCUUCGUCUCUAACUGCGGCGACUCCAGAGCGGUUCUGUGCCGCGGCAAAACGCCACUCGCGUUAUCCGUCGAUCACAAACCGGAUAGAGAAGAUGAAGCGGCUAGGAUAGAAGUAGCUGGUGGAAAAGUAAUCCAGUGGAACGGAGCUCGUGUUUUCGGUGUGCUCGCCAUGUCAAGAUCCAUCGGCGAUAAAUACCUAAAACCAUCGGUGAUCCCUGAUCCGGACGUGACUUCAAUCCGGCGAGUCAAAGAAGACGACUGUCUCAUCUUAGCAAGUGACGGUCUUUGGGACGUGAUGACCAACGAAGAAGUGUGUGACAUGGCUCGGAAACGGAUAUUGUUAUGGCACAAGAAGAAUGCCAUGGCGGGGGAUGCUUUGCUGCCGGCGGAGAAAAGAGGAGAAGGAAAAGAUCCGGCGGCAAUGUCGGCGGCAGAGUAUUUGUCGAAGAUGGCUCUGCAAAGAGGAAGCAAAGACAACAUAAGUGUAAUAGUGGUUGAUUUGAAGGGAAUAAGAAAAUUCAAGAGCAAAGCCUUGAACUGAAUUAGAAGGUUUGGAAGUAAUAAAGAAAAAAACGUUUUGAUGGUGGGUAAAAAAAUCUCUUUAAAAGCAAAACAAAAACAGGUAAUAACAAUAUUAUUAAUUGUUUGUAAUAUUAAUUUUCUAGUUAUUUUUAUUUAUUUACUUUGCUAUCUUCCCACCAUUAUUUAAUUUUUUUUACUGACAUGAAUAUGUAUAUAUGAUGAGAUCAUGUAGCUUCAAAACAAAAAUCCCUUGUUAUCGGGGUUUAUUGUAAUAUCGCUCAUAUGUUAAGAGCUAGAUUUAUUUA